AUUUAAUAACUACACUAGCAACUUUUGAACAUGGCGACAAUUGUUGUCGACUGAGCAGCGUUCAUAACAUCGUCAACACUGAAACUGUCUGCUAACUCAAGUUUGUUGGCGAAAAUGAAAAUGGUGUACAACACCUUAAUGGUCGUCCUCUUCGUAUUCGCCGUACAAAAUAUUUCUGUUUUGAUGGCGGAGGGUGCAAAAAAUGUUGAUGAACCAAAAGAACAAAAGGGAGGAGUGGGAAAACCAAAAGAUGGAAAGGCCGAAGAAGAAGAGGAGGAUCCUAUCGAAUUCGCGGAGCGGGGCAUUCAGACUAUAAAACAAGGAUAUAUUGACAAAAUAAAAUCCACUUUUAAAAAAGAUAGAAUUCCGGAUGCUAAAAAACUUCAGGAAGCAAUAUUAGGGUUCCAACUGGUUGACUAUGACUUAAUAUUUAAAGUGGAACAAAUUUGCACGACGAAUGAAUCAUUCAGGAAAAUCAAAGGCUGGGAGAAUUGUGAUGACGUGAUUGCUGGAUUAACGGAUGCUACCAUUGUUAAGUACAGUGAUGUACAAAACGACGUAGCAGGAGAACCGGAAGAUGACUUGAAAAAACUUGAAGAACUUCUCGAAACUGAAAUGAGGAACGUGCUUACAGUUGUAUACACUCAGAGUUUGGGUGAUCUUCACUGCCCGAUGGCUAAAAUUGGGAAACCCAGCAAUCCAAACCCCUAAACGCCAAGGUUAUGUACAACCUUAAACACUUUAAAGGUUUUUUUAUGGGAUGAUAAAUAAAGAUA